AUGUAUGGAGUUCCUGAACCUUGUCAAUCUCUUUUGUUAUCCCAAUAUGCAAAGGAGGAAGGUGUAGGUGAUGAACAACAUUACUUUUAUAAGCGCUGCCCAGAAGCUAUUUCAAAGGUGCUUGAAGAGAUCAAAGAGCUAUACAGCAUAGCACUUCCACUGAUCAUGACCGGCCUUCUUGUCUAUGGAAAAUCAGCCAUAUCAAUGUUCUUCAUGGGGAGAAUUGGGAAAGAGGCACUGGCUGGAGGGAGUCUGGCAAUAAGCAUAGCUAACAUCUCCGGCUACUCUGUCAUUUCCGGUCUCGCUGCAGGCAUGGAAGGGAUAUCCUCCCAAGCUUUUGGAGCGAACAGCUGGCCUCUAAUGAUUCAAACCCUUCAACGCACUAUCAUAAUUCUCAUCAUAACCUGUAUACCCAUUUCGCUUCUUUGGCUCAGUUCUGAAACUUUCUUUCUUUUCUGGGGUCAAAACGCAGCCAUUUCCUCCAUCGCCACUACUUAUCUAUCGUACUCAAUCCCAACUCUUCUAUUCCAAUCCCUCAUCAAUCCUCUCAAGAUAUACCUAAGAACCCAGAAAAUAACUUUCCCUCUUAUGCUCAGCUCAGCAUUGGCACUCACCAUUCACGCACCUAUCAACUACUUCCUCGUUUACUACCUCAAACUGGGCAUUCGAGCUAUUGCUCUGGCCGGUGCCUUAACGGACCUAAAUACCCUUCUCACCCUUUUGCUCUAUCUAUGCUUUUCGGGAAUCUACAAAAGAUCUUCGUGUCAACCUUGGUCGCUACAUUGCUGCUUUAGCGAAUUGAAACCCAUUCUCUGCCAAGCAAUACCAAACUGUAUCUCUGUUUGCUUGGAGUGGUGGUGGUACGAGCUCAUGAUAAUUCUCUCGGGCUCUCUGACAAACGCUGCGGAGGCAGUCGCCACCAUGGGAAUUCUCAUACAGGCAACGGCUCUCGUCUAUCAAUUCCCUUUCGCUCUCAACCAAGCGGCGUCGACGAGGGUCGGAAACGAGCUCGGAGCCAACCGGCCGAGCAGAGCGAGAACGUCGUCGAUCGUCGCGUCGUCGUGUGGCGUUUUGACGGGACUCGCGGCAAUGUCGUUCAUGGUGACGAUGCGGAACUCCUGGGGUUACAUCUUCACGAACGACAGAGCGAUCGUGUCGUUGGCGGCGGCGGCAUUGCCAAUCGUGGGACUGUGCGAGCUUGGGAAUUGCCCGCAGACAACCGCUUGCGGAGUUCUGAGAGGCAGUGCGAGAACAACUUUGGGCGCUUGCAUUAAUCUGGGCUCGUUCUAUGGGGUUGGGUUUCCUGUUGCACUGUUAAUGGGCUUUACGAUGGAUAUGGGCUUGUUGGGUUUGUGGUUGGGUUUGUUAGCAGCCCAGAUAGUUUGUGUGGCUAUCAUGGUGGUGGUGUUGAUAACGACGGACUGGAAAAAACAGGCAGAGAGAGCCAGAGAGUUGACCGGCAUUGAUAUGGAAGAGGACCAACCAGAGGAUUCAACACCUUCUGAUCAAGGUUUAGAUUCUGAUACUCUGCACAACUAGCAAUUGGAGAUGUUCUGGCUGCUUUUUGUUUGUUUGUUUGUUUUUUUUUUUUUUUUUAGGUAUAAGCCCCUAUUGGGUAGAAAAUAGGAAAAGAGAAAAAGAAAUGUUAUAUUUUUCUUUUGUUUUUUCUUUAAGGAAAGAA